CGUCGAGCCCCACUUCCUAACGGCCACUCCGGCCUGUGCUGCCCUCCAAGUGGGUGAGGUUGAUGUGGGAGGAGACCGAACUGAGAAAUGUCAUUUGUCAUCAGCCCAGGAAAAGGAGAUUUUUCUCUUCGAAGACCACCACAGGCUUCCUGGGGUUGCCCCCCCUCAGAGUCUGCUGGGAGGAUCUGAGUCACACACACCCUGUCCUUGCUGUGGUCCAGGGAACAAGGGUCAGCCUCACAGAGUAAGAGGGGCUUAAUGUACUAAGCCAGGGAGGGAGGGACGAGGUUCCGCCUUCGGUUCCCCUGUGCUUCAAAUUCUGUUUCUGUCCUUAUACUAUGAGGUAUCAGAAAUGGUCCCCAGCUCCUCCAUGCGACUCUCACCUCGGAGACAGAACUAAUAGCAGCCGAGUAUUGUGCUAACUCACAGACCACUUCCUCAUGAAUGCCACUUCAUCUCCCCCUGCGCACGCACCUCGAAAGAUCACUGAUAUUUGAUGCAUGAGGUGACUGAGGCUCAGAGAGAUGACUUGCCCAAGGUGAUUCAACUAGUAAAUGGCAGAGAUGAGGCUGAGACUCGGACUAGUCCAAAGUUCCUGGCCCCACGAAUUCACGUCUAAUAAGGUAGAGGUAGAGUGAGGAACUGUCCGGGUUGUCAGAAGUAGAUGGUAGUCUCUUGUAGGUCUCAGGCAGAGACAGAGGUAUAAAGCCACACCCCUUUGGGGGACUGUGGCAGAUUGAUACUUGGGAUGACUGAGGACAGGGGUGGAGCUAGCUAGAGGGGAGCCCCAAGAGCAGUAGAGAGCAUGCGGUGCUAGGUGCUAGGAGGCAGCUACAGAGGCCUGAGAAUUUGCGGUAUCUUCCUCCCCUUUCUGCCAUGGACCCCCCAUUGUGACUUUUCUUUCGGAGCUUCUGAAACGGGUAGAUUAGCCAGGAGCCAUGCCCCAGACCCCCACGAGACUGAUCAGCCCCUAUGGCUCUGAUAGGUUGGUGCAGUUAGCUGCUAGGCUUCGGCCAGCACUCUGUGACACCCUGAUCACUGUAGGGGGCCUGGAGUUCCCUGCUCACAGCUUGGUGCUAGCAGGGGCUAGUCCAAGGCUGGGCUGCAGGGGCCGGUGGGCUCUGGUUGAAGGCAUCAGCCCUUCUACCUUUGCUCAGCUUCUAACCUUUGUGUAUGGAGAGAGUGUAGAGCUACAGCCUGGGGAGCUGGGGAACCUUGAAGAGGCAGCUAGAGCCUUGGGGGUGCAGGCCCUGGAAGAGGCAUGCAAGAGAGCUCAAAAGGACAAGAGUGAAGAUGAGCUGGAGCCAGGACUGAAGAGGCACCAGGAGGCAGAGGAACUCAGGAGGAAGUCUGAGAGAGGACUUGGGGGUCCUGGAGAGAAACAGAAGCCAGAGAAGGAUUUUAGAAGUAAUGGGAGAGAACAGGAGAUGCUAAAUAAGCGCAAAGCAGCCGGAGAGAGCCCUGAGAGGGCAGGGAUAACUAGGAAGAUGAGAUCAGAGGAGGCCCUCAGCCCAGCCCCCGUGGGCCACAGGGGAGCAGAAAGGAAGCAAGGAGAGGCCAUACGAGGUAUAGAGAGUCCUGAGCGCUCUGAGGAGUGUCUCGGUGGGUGCCCUGGUCCUCUUUCCCCACCAGGUUCCCUCCUAACCAGCCUCAUUCCCAGGCCCUGGUGGGCUGAGGCCCCUUGGUGUAGAGAGGGCCAACCUAGCCUGUGGAGCAUUUUCCUGUGGCCGCCCAGCUAUGGCACUCCCUUCUCCCUUAGCACCCCCAUCACUGCGGCCUGGCAGGUCUUGCCUCAAGACCAGAGGAUCCCACUGACCUUGAGUCACUCCAAAGGUCUCUGGAGUCAGAAUCAGCUGGCCUCCUCCAGCCCCGCUCCAGGAUCCUUUCCCCAGGGCCCUGAACAACUCAGCCCUUGGGAGAUAGAAGAGUCUGGGCCAGGGCACACAGGCACACUGGCAACCCGUGUGGCUCAAGAUCACACACUGAGCUGCCCAUCUCACCAGCACCCACCUUUACCCCCUCCCGCUCGCUCUCGGCCCUAUUCUUGCUCUGUCUGUGGAAAGAGGUUUUCACUCAAGCAUCAGAUGGAGACGCAUUACCGAGUCCACACAGGAGAGAAGCCCUUCUCCUGUAGCCUCUGUCCUCAGCGCUCCCGGGAUUUCUCGGCCAUGACCAAGCACCUGAGGACACAUGGGGCUGCUCCCUAUCGCUGCCCUCUGUGCAGGGCUGGCUGCCCCAGCCUGGCUUCCAUGCAGGCGCACAUGCGCGGCCACUCGCCCAGCCAGCUGCCGCCUGGAUGGACCAUACGCUCCACCUUCCUCUACUCUUCCUCGAGGCCGACUCGGGCCUCGAUCUCUCCCGGGAAUCCUACCUCCUCCUCCUCUGCCACCUGACCGAGUGUUGGUAGCUCCCCUGGCUUGACGAGCGUCCAACCCAGAAUGAACGACGGGCGGGCGGGCUCAGCCUGUCUCUAGGGCUGCCAGGCUAAUUUGACAGAAGCGCUGCGGGACAGGAACCACGAACCCUCUCCGGAUGAGUGAGGGUUGCAGAAGUCUCGGCCGGCUGGCGGCGAGUCCGAGUCAAAGACAUUUAAAGUUGGCCGGAGUGAAGAGUAAACUGUGGACUAUCAAUUUCAUCACUAUAAUAAAGACUUUCCUGUGUUCUGUAG